AUGGGCGGCAUGUACGUGGGGGAGAUGGUGGGGACGCUGCUGGGCGGCAUCGGGUUCACCUUGGGGCGCGAGAUGGUGGCGCACCACGUGGUCACCAUCGCGCUCAUGAUGUUUGCCUACUACGGCGGCCUCCACCGCUACGGCAUGAUGGGCAUGGCCGUCCUGGACACCUCGAACUUCUUCCUGCACUCUGCAAAGGCGCUGCACGCGGCGGGGCUGCCGCGGCUGGCGGGCGUGAAGGACACGGCGUUCAAGACGUUUGCGGCGGUCUUCUUCGUCGUGCGCGUCGCGCUGCCGCCGCUGUGCAUGUGA